UCUAGCCGACUCCACUGAGUGUUUGCUUUCUGCGACAUCUAGCAAGAGUGUAAUUCGUCAAGCUUUCAAAAGCGUCUUAAAAGUUUUGUUGCCUAAGUUUUGUGCACGCGUGUGUGUGUGUGUAAGGGUGUGAAUUUGCACUGCUCUUCUUUACUUGCCAUGAGCAAUUUAAGCGUGUUCAGUCUUCUCCUCAUUUUUGCUGUUUCCUGUUAUGUUCCGGGUAACACCGAGGAAGCGAUUGGGAAGCAUGCUGACGAUGAUUUUCUGCAGGCUAUAAAUUUCGCAAAUUCUCCAAAGAGUAAUCAGAAGCCAUAUUUAACCAUACAAGAACAACAAAAGCAACAGCAGCAACAAAAAGAACACCAGCAACAACAUCAACAACAACAAGAAUCACAACAUCAUAAAGGCCGACAGGCAAACAAGCGUUCAGUAUUGGCCACAGAGGUGGCGACAGCGACAGUGAGAACACGCCAAAAACGUUCCCAACAUGCUUUUGCCACGGUAGAGGAGUAUUUGAAGAGCAGCUUGCCAACAUACACUUACAAUCUGGCAUUGCUCAAUGUAAUGAACAGUUUAAGGAGACAACUCUCCAACAUUGAGUUGGCGCGUUUGCGUUCACGCCUCAGCCAUAGUGCAGCAGCUGAUUUGCGAUUAUACAAUGAUAUCUACAACCACAACCAUAACUAUAAUAACAACAACUACGAUGUCGAUUCCGCUUUGCUGAAUGUAGGUGAUUUGGGCACUAACAACAACGACAACAGAGAUGCCGGUACCGUCAGUCUUUUCGGCACUGACACUGGCAAUGGCGGAUUGCUUGGAGGCGUUGGCAAUGGAGAUGCAGGUGGUGUCAGUGUCGGUGUCGAUGUCGCUGCUGGUGCUGGUGCUGGUGCUGGUGCCGGUAAUGACAUGCUUGCCAAUGACAUUGAGGAUUCGAGUAGCGUGCCUUGGCAAUUCGUGACGCGAGUCAGCAAAAAAUCCUCAGCACUCUAUAAACCACGUUUGGGCAAGCGUACACGACAACAACAACAGCAACAACAUGAACAACAACAACAACUACAGUAGACACAUACAAUUGAUGCGUUUGGCAGUGAAGGGCGCGAGGUAUGCUGGUUGCGUGCGGAGGAAAUGCAUUGCAAUCAGUUAUGAGCAGGUGACGUUCGCUUGUGUUUUUCUGUUUGUUUGUCUAGCUUUGAGCGUCAGGAAAAGAGGACGAGGAGAGUGUUUCAAUUGCUGAAAUGGACUGGGCGAGUUGCUGUGCUAUGUGGGUCAGUAUAAAUGAUUCUGUCACGCACAGAGUGAGCAACAAAAUAAAAACAAAAUUUGAAAAAAAAAC